CUUUCCAAGUAAUUGGGACAUGCGAGUGGUGGCAUCUCCUCAGUUAGCCAGAGCACCAGCUGACGCUAUUUCUGAUCCCUGGCACGAAAUGUCAACUCUCACCCCUUUAUAUUCAGUGGGUGUCCCAAAUACCACUGCAUCCGUUGCAGUCCAAGAAAAAUGCUGGCUGGCUCUGCUUACCCUUAUGGUUAUUGUGCCCACUAUUGGAGGCAAUAUCUUGGUAAUCCUGGCUAUUUCUCUGGAGAAGAAGUUACAGAAUGCCACCAAUUACUUCCUUAUGUCACUGGCUGUUGCGGAUCUUCUGGUUGGGAUAUUUGUGAUGCCCAUCGCCCUCCUCAAUAUUCUCUUCAAUCAAGUCUGGCAACUCCCACAGUGCCUCUGUGCCAUAUGGCUAUUUCUUGAUGUCCUGUUUUCCACAGCAUCCAUCAUGCACCUAUGUGCCAUAUCUCUGGAUCGCUAUAUUGCCAUAAAAAAGCCUAUACAAGCAAGCCAAUACAACUCCAGAGGAAAAACACUCAUCAAAAUUGCUGUGGUAUGGGUCAUAUCAGCAGGCAUUGCUGUUCCUAUCCCAAUAAAAGGUCUCCUAAACCCAAACAGCACCUUCAGCGCAAGCUACACCUGUGUAAUUCAAAUAGAGCCUUUCAAAUAUUUCAUUAUUUAUGGUUCCAUGGCUGCUUUUUUUGUCCCAUUUGGGAUCAUGGUGGUCAUUUAUUUCCUGACAAUCCACCUACUAAGGAAGAAAGCAUAUUUAAUCAAAAACAAGCCACCGCAGCGCCUCACAUGGUCCACAGUGUCUACGGUCUUCCAGAGAGACAUGACUCCUGGCUCUUCCCCAGAAAAGAUAGCCAUGCUAGAGGGAGCAAGGAAAGAUGGGACACUCAGUAUUACUGGGGAAGAACUACCCAUUCGCAGGCUAUCCAGUGUUGGUAAGAAGUCUAUGCAAACAAUCACCAAUGAACAGAGGGCUUCAAAAGUUCUAGGGAUAGUUUUUUUUCUCUUUGUCUUCAUGUGGUGUCCAUUUUUCUUAACCAAUGUGGCCUCAGUUCUGUGUGGGAAAGAUCAAUGUGAUGAAGAUGUCAUUAUGAUGCUGAUGGAUAUAUUCGUCUGGGUGGGGUACAUUUCCUCUGGUGUCAACCCACUGGUUUACACUCUUUUUAACAAGACAUUUCGAGAUGCAUUCCGCCGCUAUAUUAAAUGUAACUUCCAUGGCAUGCAGUCAGUAAAUCUCUUGAGGAACUGUUCUAGGCGCAUCUCAUUUCGGAAUUCUAUGGCUGAGAAUUCCAAGCUUAUCAUGAUACGCGGAAUGAGGAACAGCAUCAACCCAGGUAUGUAUCAGAGCCCUCUGAGGCUAUGCAACGCUCAACUUGAAUCAUCUGCUAUAUUAUUAGACACUUUGCUACUUACAGAGAAUGAAGCUGGGAAGACAGAGGAACAAGCAGCUAUGUGUGAGUUGGAUACAAACUGUUAA